CCAGAGAAGAAGAACCACCUCUGAAAACCCGGGAAGAAGAAGCAGCUGUUCUGCACAGCCAGCACGUUUGGCAAAGUUUGUAUCCUGCAGGAGGGAAGGCAGAACUUUUCCUUCUUUGACUCUAAGAACUAUGGAACAGUCCGGGAUUCAUGAUCCUAGAGAUGUAUCCGGACUCCAGCCUCGACACGAGGAGGAAAUCCUCCACCAAGGAAGUCUGCUGGAUGUGAAAUCAACAGCAGCACUAAACCCACAGAGAGCAGUGUUUCUUGCAGACUUCCAGCCGCUGGCAGUCAUAAAAGAGGAGCAGCAGGACUGGAGCUACAGUCUGCAUCAGGAGGACAAGAAGCCUCCGCACAUUAAAGAGGAACAGGAGGAACUCUGGAGCAGUCAUGAAGGAGAGCAGCUUCAAGGACUGAAGGAGGAUGAUAUCAAGUUUACAUUCAUGUCCGACCCUGUAAAGAAAGAAGAUGAUGAAGAGGAACCUCAGUCCUCACAGCUUCCAGGACAAACUGAUCAGAUGAAAACAGACGCUGAUGGAGAGGACUCAGAACAAGACAGGAAGUCAGAUCAGGAAGACUCGUCUGAACCUGAGACUGAUGACAGCGAUGACUGGGAGAAGGCCGUAGAAAAUCCACCAGGUUUAAAGUCUCUGGAAAACAUGACAGAUAACACACAGCCCUACAGCCGCUCUCAGUGUAGUGAAACGCUCAUCCAUAAGUCUGGUCUCACGGCUGAAAUAGCUCCUCACACAAAAGAGCUGCCGUUCAGCUGCCUUCAGUGUGAUAAAAGAUUCAGACGAAAGUGGGAUCUGGCAGUUCACACAAGAUACCACAUGGGAGAGAAACCCUUCAGCUGCUCUGAGUGUGAGAAAAGAUUCACAGAAAAAAAACAACUGACAGUUCACAUGAGAGUCCACACGGGAGAGAAACCCUUCAGAUGCUCUGAGUGUGCCAAAACUUUUACCCAGAAGCACAGCCUGACCAUGCACAUGAAGAUUCACACGGGGGAGAAACCCUUCAGCUGCUCUGACUGUGGUCUAAGAUUUGCCCAUAAAGCAUGUCUGGAAAAACACAUGAUAGUUCACACUGGGGAGAAACCACAUGGAUGCCCUGAAUGCGGUAGAUUAUUUUCUCAUAAAAUAGCUCUUACCCAACACAUGAAAGUCCACACAAGAGACAAAUUCUUCAGCUGCUCUGAGUGUGCCAAAACAUUUACCAAGAAGAAUAACCUGACCACACACAUGAAGAUUCACACGGGGGAGAAACCCUUCAGCUGCCAUGACUGUGGUCUAAGAUUUGCCCGUAAAGGAUGUCUGAAAGGACACAUGAUAGUUCACACUGGGGAGAAACCACAUGGAUGCCCUGAAUGCAGAAUAUUAUUUUCUCAUAAAAGAGCUCUUACCAUACACAUGAGAGUCCACACAAGAGACAAAUCUUUCAGCUGCUCUGAGUGUGGGGUAAAAUUUGAUCACAAGUCUGGUCUGAAGACUCACAUGGAACAUCACACAGGAGAGAAACCCUUCAGCUGCUCUGAGUGUGCCAAAACUUUUACCCAGAAGUUCAGCCUGACCUCGCACAUGAAGAUUCACACGGGGGAGAAACCCUUCAGCUGCCAUGACUGUGGUCUAAGAUUUGCCCGUAAAGGAUGUCUGAAAAGACACAUGAUAGUUCACACUGGGGAGAAACCACAUGGAUGCCCUGAAUGCAGAAUAUUAUUUUCUCAUAAAAGAGCUCUUACCAUACACAUGAGAGUCCACACAAGAGACAAAUCCUUCAGCUGCUCUGAGUGUGGGGUAAAAUUUGAUCAGAAGUCUGGUCCGACGGCUCACAUGGAACAUAACAGAGGGUAGACUACUUCCAGCUGCUGUCUUUGUCACCAUGGAGCUUUUUUGUCCUUUGACAAAAAAAUAAGUUGAAUUGACCCAACAUAUGACCGUUCAUUUAAAGAGAAACCAGUUUGCUGCUCUGAGUGUGGCAGAAGAUUCAGCCGUGAGGGAACACAGAGAGAACACAUAAGACUUCACAUGAGCGCCAAAUCACAACAAAUG